GGCCCCGGGUGUCACUGCUGGGUGGUUGGAGCGGGACAAAACCGCGAGGAAACGGUCCGUGAAGCCCCAGAGCCGCCGCCGCCUCCCUGAGGGCUCCUCUCGAGGCGGGGCCGCUGCGCCCCCCGAGAAGGCAGAGUGGGAAAGCUUAAACAGGGUAUUGAUGCGUCACGGAUUGAAGCCUGUGAGUCUUGCCACCCCCCAGAGCUGCAGAGAUACAUCAGAUAUGAUUGUCCUAGACCGUCAAUCUUCUCUAGAAAUAAGACUUGCAUUACAAACACUGGUGGAAGACACUGAGCGACAGCAGAAGGUGAUGCAGGGACUUAUGGAGGCAAAUCAAUGUCUUAGAAAUGUGGUACGACUGGAACAAGGUCGGGCAUCUCAGCAAGAGCAACGGGCUAAUGAUUUGGAAAAUGUGGUGAAAAACAUUAAGGCCAAAAUUUGUCAGCUGGAAGAUGAAACAAUAGCUAAAGCAUGCCAGCAACAGAGCCAAGUCAAGGAACUUCAAAAAGAGCAACAGGCUUCACAGGUAAAAUACCAACAGCAGCAGGAAAGGCUGCAAGAACAGGAAGAAAUCAUUGCCCACUUGCAGAGGGAGCUGAGCAGAGUUGGGAGGGAGGAGCAGCAGCGAGUUUCCACUCAAAACAAAAUGUUUUGUCAGUUUUGUAAAAGAGCCCCCAAGUCUCUCCUGGAUCAGCGGAUCUCCAGAGCUCUGCUACAAUCAGACAUUUGCCAAUUCCUAGGCCUCAGGUACCUUUCUCUAAUUGAUUAUUAUGAAUCUCAGAUUAGUCAGAUUAAAAAGGAGCUGAGGCAAUAUAAAAAAGAUGAAGAUGAGGUGCAGAGAGAAGUAAAAAACAAGGAAGAGUUCUUAAAUCUAGAUGCUACUCCUAAUUACAAAGCACUGCUCACGUCUUUCCAGAAGCAACUUAUUGAAACAAAAGCCAAGAAGGAACAGCUUUUGCUUGAAAAUAUAAAUCUCAAGAAAGAUUUGGAAAUAAGCAGGCCAACUGCACAGGAAUUAAAAUUUUACAAGCACCAAGUGAAGAAACUACAGAAAGCUUUAAAGAAAACUACCCAAUUUUCAGAGAGCAGGACUGGAGAAAAAAGAGAAGAAAAGAAAGACUUGGAGAGAGUCGCAGGAGCGGAUCAGCUGCAGGCAGCUUGCCAGCAGUACUUGCAGGUUUUGUCCCGUAUUGAUUCUAUUUUGCGAAGCCCAAGAGCUCCUCCAUUAAUAUUCCGGCCCAGCAAAGGGCCAGUGCAAAAUUCCAUUAAAGAGAAUGGACAGGGAUGUGGAUUUGAGCACCUUCCACUCACUAUAGAAAUGUGGGCAGAUCAGCUCGUAGCCCUAAAGGAUUUGCAUAGGUCCUUGAGAAAACUGUCUCUGGAAUUGCUGCCUUGGAACACUAAAGAUCCACAGGAUAACAGAGAAUCCAUACGAGUUGAAGACCUCCAGCUGAUAGUAGAUGCGAUUUUGGAAGAUUUAGAACAUAAGGAAAAGAACAGCCAGACACAGUCCUUGCAAACCCUGUCUGCCAUAGUCUCUCACUUCCAGAAGUUGUUUGAUGUGAAUUCUCUGAAUGGUGUUUAUCCACGGAUGAAUGAGGUUUACACAAAGCUGGGGGAAAUGACCAACGCCAUGAGGAAUCUCCAUGAGCUCCUGCAACUAGACAGUUCAGCUCCACCCACUGUGGUAGUGGAUACUGUUGGGAAACUGUGUGACAUCAUUAAUAAGAACGUGACUGAGCAGGUACAGCAGCUUCUGGGCACCCAAGACAUCCACAGUAUCAUCAAUAAGCUUGAAGAACACGAGUGCUUCUUUCCGCCCUUUCAAGCUCUCAUUCAAGAUUUGCUGUGUCUUCUAGAGAUCAGUAAUGUGGAUGAUAUUUUACCUGCAGUGCAAAACCUGAAAUGGGAAGCUGGUUAUGGGUGACUCUGCUCUUCCUAAGCGAGAUUUCUCUUACCUCUGAAUGUACCUGUUGGUGCCCAUGACAUUGCAGCUACCUCCAAGGACUGUUAUUCUAAGCAAGAAUUUCAGAUUUUUUAACAUAAAUAAA